UGUUAAAUUCCCGUUUUCCCUGCCAUGCAAAUAAUUAGAAACGCCCAAUUUUCAAAAUAUCGCACUUGUAACAGUUUAACUAGCAAAGCCAAUAAUGUCCGCGAAAAGUAUGUUUUAUCGCACACAGCUGUGGAGUAACCGAUUAUUCGAUUGACAACCGGCGAUAAUUAUUUUACAAUCUGACACGUGCAAGUCAUUUAAACUUCAAAACUAAUUUCAUUUUUUGAUUGAAAAGAACAAAGAAAAUCGCUCUAAUUCUGCUGCGUGACUCGUCAAAUUCCCUGUCUCUCAUUCUACAGUGGAAAGCGAUACGAAAUGCCUAAGAAGACGGCAACAACAUCAACGCCAAUUGGCGCCGCAGGAGCGAAACCAAAAAAAGUUAAAACCAACGGUGAAGCGACCACCGACAACGGUAAACCAAAAGCCAGUGCCAAUGGUAAAGGUAACAAACAGCCGGAUGCAAAUCCACCCUUCGAUCGUGCAAACCUAGAUAGUUUAGUAGAGGAGCUGUUUGUCGACAAAAAAAAGUUGACUGCAGACCAGUUGGUACAGCGUCAAAAGCUCGAGGAGUAUAUUUGCACAGAAUUAAGUGAUGACUCCGACGAUAACAAUGAUUACACCGAGUAUACUAUGAACAGCUCCAGCCUUGAAAAAUCGCCGUCGCCGCCAGCCCCGAAGGCUGCGCCAAAAUCCUUGGCUGCCAGGCCAACAGAUCGCAAACGGAGCCAUCUUAAUGACAACAGUGAUGCAAAUAAUAAUGAUCAGCCCAUCAAGCGCGAUUCAACAAAUCAACGUAAGCAGCGUCGCACCCUAGAACAAACUGCGCCCGUGCAUGAGGACGGCAAGGCUCCAUACUGCCCGCUGGUAGUUCGCAAAUCCCUGCCCGCCGGCACAGAAGUCAAGUCCUGCCCGCUGCCAGGAAAACGCAAUAGCCUGGCGGCCGGUGAGGUGAAGUCGUGCCCCCUGCCGCCCAAAGGGAAAGUCAGCCCACGAGUAGAUGACCAGAUGCCCAGCACCAGCAAACAAGCCAAGCAGAAUGCCAUUGUGGAAGUACCAAAGAACGUGCACAAAUCCAAUAGCAUCGAGGAUGGCCGCCGCGUUCUGCAGUGGAUCAUGAAUCCGGUCCAACCGGAUGACUUCUUCAGCGACUUUUGGGAGAAGAACGCCUGCCUGGUGCAGCGCAAGGAUCCAAAGUUCUUCUCUAAGCUAAUAUCAUUCAAGAUGAUCGACGAGAUGCUAAAUCAAAAUCAUCUGGAGUUCACUACCAACAUCGAUAUAACAAGCUACACGGAUGGCAAGCGCGAGACGCUGAAUCCGGAAGGCAGGGCCAAGCCGCCAACAGUUUGGGGCUUCUACGGUGAUGGCUGCAGCAUUCGCAUCCUAAAUCCAUCUACCUAUUUGACCGGACUCCGUGAGACGUGCACCAUGCUGCAGGAGUUCUUCCAUUGCUUGGUUGGGGCGAAUGUGUACUUAACUCCACCAAACAGUCAGGGAUUCGCACCGCACUUUGAUGAUAUCGAGGCCUUUGUACUGCAAAUAGAGGGGCGCAAGCGCUGGCGCCUGUACAUGCCGCUCCAGCCGGCCGACGUGCUGGCCCGCGAAUCCUCGGGCAAUUACAAACAGGAGGAACUGGGCGAGCCCAUACUGGAUGAAGUGCUGGAGGCCGGUGACGUUCUCUACUUCCCUCGCGGCACUGUCCACCAGGCAAUCACCGACAAGGACCAGCAUUCGCUGCACAUAACUCUGAGUGUUUAUCAACAGCAGGCGUAUGCCAAUCUUAUGGAGCAGCUGAUGCCGCACGUCCUCCAGAGGGCGGUGAAGCAGAGUCUUGCUAUGCGGCGCGGUCUUCCGCUUCACACUUGGCAGAAUAUGGGUUUUGUGCAUGGCACUGACCACAAUCGCACCCGCAACCACUUCAUAAAGGACGUCCAGGAGAUGGUGCAAAAGCAUAUGGUGCCCACAGAGAAAGAGAUCGACUGGGCUGUCGAUCAGGUGGCCAAAAAGUUCCAACAUGAGGCCCUGCCACCUACCAUCAAACCGGAGGAGCAGGUCCGAACGGUCUUUGGGUCGCGUACCAGCCGUGAUAAAAAGGGCUAUGCCAUCUGCGACUACGAGCUUACCGAUCAGACUUCUAUUCGUCUGCUGCGCGCCAAUAUUCUACGCCUGGUGAGCAGCGAAGACUCGCUGCGCAUCUACUACUACGUGGACAAUGCUCUGGAGUAUUGCAAGUACGAGGCCAACUUUAUGGAGAUCGAGCCCAGCGAUGCAGGUGCCGUCCAGACCCUGAUUAAGGCCUAUCCUGCCUAUAUUAAGGUAUCUCUGCUGCCAUUAAAGAGCGCUGAUCGCAGGAUUGAGGCGGCUACGGCUCUGUGGGAGCGCGGUCUCCUAAUGACCGAGAAGCCGUUUAAGGAAGACGAUAACGAACCUGAGGAAGAUUAAAAACACAAAAAGCAGUACAAAUUGUAAUUACACCUAGAAGAUAAUUAAUAUUGUUAUGUAGUAAUUACGCAGACUCCGCUAUCUUGCCUAGCAAAAUAUGCUGAAGUCCAUUAACUAACAUAAUAUCAUUGUCAUCAUACUACAUACAUAAAAACGUGCAACAUAUAUCAUUUGUAAUUCAUUUCCCCAAUUUGGGCACUCGGCCCACAAAAUCCAAGAGUUUUGUGGUUGUUCUGAAGGCGCCUGCCGGGGUCAUGAAAUCUAAA